CGUGGAAUCUGAGGAAAGCAGGAAAAAGGAGUCUCAGUUUUUUCUUCUGCGCUCUGGAGGUUGUAGGCUAUUGGCUUUUUUGCUGUUCGUGUUUACACCUUGGCAUUGUCGAAGUAAGGCAGAACGAGAGAGGAUGCAGAGACGGAGGCAGAAACACAGCAAGGCAAGGAGUGGAGAAACAUAUUGUCAGAAUACACUGGCAGUGUAGCAGCCGCGUUUCAACAACACAGCUGCUGAAGUCAGAAGAAAUUUUGAGUUCUCAUUAUUUUCCGACUUUUUUUGCAAGCACGACGGGUUUCUUGAAAAUGCCACACCAACUGAUAUAACUUUGCGUGCUUGUGUGUUUUGUAUCAGGAGCGUGAAUAAUUUAUGAAAUGACAAAAUUAUACGAUAUCUAGGGAACUUCUUUUUUUUCUUUUACAACACGAGUUUUCUUUGUUGGUUGUUCCUUCUUCCUAUUCUGUUUCACGAUUUAUUUUUUGAUGGGGGGGUGAAGCAGAUCAAUACGAACUGAGGAUAUUCUCAGGUUUUUUGUGACAUCACUUUUAUUACUCAAAGGGAUAUAACUACUACAAGUGUUACUUUUUAAUAGCCAGUAUAUAACACACAUACGAAAUAUACUCUCCAUAUUCAGCUUAGAAACGGUGUCCUUCUAUUUUAAAAAAUAAAGUAAAAUCAAGAAAUACAUUCAAAACCUUCAACCCGAUACAGAGGUGGAAGGGAGGCCAGUGUCGGCGAAUUCCCCGGGACCUUGGAGAGUUACUUAGCCGGGGAGCGAUGCACUCAUCUCGGAUACAGCGGUCCGCGGCGCUCGGUCUGCUGAUGGGUUAUCUUGCGUUUUGUAACCUACGUGCCACCGAAGCAGGCCCCGGUGAUUACAGCGAUGUGCUCCCGGACUCGUUCCCUUCGGCCCCCGCGGAGCCCCUACCCUCGUUCCAGCAGGAGCCGGACGACGCCUACAUCGUGAAGAACAAUCCUGUGGAAUUGCGUUGCAGGGCCACGCCCGCCGCGCAGAUCUACUUCAAAUGCAACGGGGACUGGGUCAACCAGAACGACCACGUGACCAGAGAGAGCCUGGACCAGAUCACAGGGCUGGUGGUUCGAGAGGUGGAUAUCGAGGUCUCUCGCACUCAGGUAGAGGAGCUCUUUGGACUGGAUGAUUUCUGGUGCCAGUGCGUGGCCUGGAGUUCUGCUGGGACUACAAAGAGCAGGAGGGCUUACGUCCGCAUCGCAUACCUGCGGAAGAACUUCGAUCAGGAGCCGCUGGGGAAGGAGGUCCCGCUGGAGCACGAGGUGUUAUUGCAGUGUCGGCCACCAGAGGGCAUCCCAGGGGCUGAGGUGGAGUGGUUGAAGAACGAGGAGCCCAUCGACCCCACCAGAGACUCCAACUUCCUGAUCACCAUCGAUCACAACCUCAUCAUCAAGCAGGCUCGGCUCUCCGACACGGCCAACUACACCUGCCUGGCCAGGAACAUUGUGGCCAAGAGACGCAGCACCACCGCCACUGUCAUCGUAUACGUGAACGGUGGCUGGUCCACGUGGACGGAGUGGUCCCCCUGUAACACUCGCUGUGGCCGUGGCUGGCAGAAGCGGACCCGGUCCUGUACCAACCCGGCGCCCCUCAACGGAGGAGCCUUCUGUGAGGGGCAGCCGUACCAGAGAGUCACCUGCAACACACUGUGCCCAGUGGACGGAGGCUGGACGGAGUGGGCGAAGUGGUCUGCCUGCAGCAGGGAGUGCACACACUGGCGCAGCCGCGACUGCCAGGCCCCGGCACCCGUGAACGGGGGGAAAGACUGCAGCGGUCUGCUGCUCCAAUCCAAGAACUGCACCGACGGACUCUGUAUGACCAAUAAAAAGCUUUUUGUUGAACAUAAAAUUCAUCCUCUGGAGGUGACGGGUGAUGUAGCGCUGUACGCCGGCCUGGUGGUGGCGCUGUCUAUUUUCCUGGUGAUCAUGGUGGCGGUGGGCGUGGUGGUCUACCGGCGGAUGUGCCGUGACUUCGACACCGACAUCACUGACUCAUCGGCCGCCCUGACCGGGGGCUUUCACCCCAUCAACUACAAACCUCCCCGACACGAUAACCCCCAUCUCCUGAACGCCUCGAUCCAGCCCGACCUGACCGCCAGCGCGGGUUCGUACCGGGGGCCCAUGUACUCUCUGCAGGACUCGGGAGACAAGAUCCCCAUGACUACCUCCCCCUUGCUGGACCCCCUGCCCAGCCUGAAGAUCAAGGUGUACAACUCCUCCACCGUCUCCUCUCAGGGGCUGUCCAGCGGAGGGGGGCUGCAGGAGGGAGGGCCCAUCAGCAAGGCACCCCUGGGGACCUACCCCGGGGGAGGAGUGCUGUCCCGGGAUGGAGAUAUCCUGAACCAGAAAAACAAGGUUCUCGGCUCCUCACAGCACCUCCACACCCUCCCCAGGGAGCCUGGGAACAGUGCCAGUGGGACGUUCGGCUGCCUAGGGGGACGACUGAUUAUCCCCAACACAGGUGUCAGUCUGCUGGUUCCCCAGGGCACAAUCCCACAGGGGAAGUUCUACGAGAUGUACCUCAUCAUAAACAAGCGCGACAACACAACGCUCCCCUCGGAGGGCACACAGACUGUCCUGAGCCCCGUGGUGACAUGUGGUCCCACAGGGUUGCUGCUGUGCUGCCCGGUCGUCCUGAGUGUACCGCACUGCGCCGACCUGGCCUCCUCUGACUGGAUGGUGAAGCUCAAGACACAGGCACACAGCCAAUGGGAGGAGGUGGUAACACUGGAUGAGGAAACUUUCAGCACGCCCUGUUACUGCCAGUUGGAACCUCAUUCCUGCCAUGUGCUCCUGGACCAGCUGGGCACCUACAGCCUGGUGGGGGAAUCCUACUCCAGCGCCGCUCUCAAGAGCCUCCAGCUGGCCAUCUUUGCACCCGCUGCCUGCAGCUCCCUUGAGUACAGCCUCAAAGUGUAUUGCAUAGAGGACACGCCUGACGCACUCAAGGAGAUCCUGGAGCUCGAACGGAACCAGGGAGGGUACCUGCUGGAGGAGCCCAAGCCUCUGCUCUUCAAAGACAGUUACCACAACCUGCGACUGUCCAUCCAUGACAUCCCUCACUCCCUGUGGAAGAGCAAGCUGCUGGCCAAAUACCAGGAGAUCCCUUUCUAUCACAUCUGGAGUGGCAGCCAGCGCGCCCUGCACUGCACCUUCAACCUGGAGAGACACAGCCUGGCAUCCACCGAGCUCACCUGCAAGAUCUGUGUGCGCCAGGUGGAGGGAGAGGGGCAGAUCUUCCAGCUGCACACCUUCAUCCAGGAGAACGUGACACCGUUUAACCCCUUCCCCGCCGCAGACAGUGACCCUUGCCCAUCCAUUCAGGUGGGGCCCUAUGCCUUCAGGAUACCCUCGUCCAUCCGAUAUAAGAUCUGCAGCAGCCUGGACGCGCCCACCACGCGGGGCAACGACUGGAGAUUGCUGGCACACAAUCUGGGCUUCGACAGGUACCUGAAUUACUUUGCCACCAAGUCGAGCCCCACAGGUGUGCUGUUGGACCUGUGGGAGGCCUGUCACCAUGACGACGCGGACCUCAACUCGCUGGCAAGCGCACUCGAGGAGAUGGGCAAGAGCGAAGUGCUGGUGGUCAUGGCGACCGAGGGCGACUGCUGAGAAGGGGCGGGGCUACGAACUCACAGGGCAAGACCACUCAGAAUGGAGGAGGCGAAGCGAAACCCCACCACACAGCCAAUGUGCAUUUCACGAAUCACAAGGCAAGAUAAAAGCGUCCAAAAGACACGAAGGAUACUGUGACACGAUACAGAAACAAUGAUAUCGCUACACGGUAAAGACACAGUAAGCACUGGGAUAUGAAUGGAAAUGGAAAUCCCAGCGUGCAGAAAAGCUUGGUGCAUAUCAUCAUAAUACACGGGUCAGGAUAUAAACUGAGCUGAGCUACAGUCUUCAUUCGUAUCGUCAUAUGCAGGUCAAAUUGGGAUGGGUUUUAGAUGAUCGUUAAUGCUCAUUAUUGAAAUGCUAGAGAAAACUUCUAAAUGUGUGUGUUAAAGGAAUUCACGCCUGACAGUCUGAAGAAGUUGUCUGCAAUUGACUUGGAGUGCUUGCCUUUCUCUCUCGAUGUUUUUAGUGGCUCUCAGAUCGCUAUGCAGCAUUGUGUGAUUCAGUGUAUCGCUGUGGGUCACGGCGUUGUAUGAUGAUAUGUAUCAUGUGAUUAAUUAUUGUGGGUGGUUGCAUCUCGACAAAUCGAUGACUCUUUGACCUCUGCCCCUUGUCUCGUGUGGCUUCAGGAAUCCUGGGUGGGGGGGGCUGGGGGGGGGGGGGGGGGAGGAUCCAGUCGACCAGUGUUUCUGCCAUCCCAAACUGGGAAUUCAACACCUAACAGUUGCCUUAGACUUUUCUAGCAGUUUACACCAGUAGGGUGUCAUGUCAAACCAGUAAGACGAUUCAGUUAAUGUCACAUUUAAAAAAAACAAAUACAAUUUGGGGGGGUGGGGGCUGGGGUGAUAAUUCUGUGAAGACGAUCUGGACUGUAUUAAUCUGAUUCCUUCAUUCUUAGUUUAUUAAAAAAAAAAAAAAAUCUCCAAAUACAACCACAUCAUUGCAGUGGGAUCCUGAAAGUGGCACACAGUGGCUGUUAGUUAUCAAAACUGUUUAAGAAACUGGCUUAAAGGCUUUCAUUUUCUCAAGAAACUCAAAAUUAGAUGGUUUUAGGGAUGAAGUACCAACAGUGCAACUGCUGUAUUGUGCAAUGUACAGUACUCUGCGGCUUUAGGUUAGCUAUUAGGGACAUAGAGUCAUUCCAGCCCGAGUGGACCAAAUCACUGGGGAAAUGUUCCCUCCAUUAGUAAUCAUGACACGUAAAACACGUGUGAUUGAGAAACUGGUGCGAAGGCAGCUGCACUGUGUGAGUCAAUGAGCAUGAAAAAGAGGAGCUGUGAAACUCAAGCAGCCACACAUAUGGUGAGAAAGUGUGUGAAUAAAUAAUGUUCUUGUCAUCUUAAAACAGGUUCAAGGGCUUUCCAUGAAAAAUAAUGAAUUGAUGUAAGAGAUGUGAUAGGUAACACCCCCCCCCCCCCCCCCCCCGCCAAUGAUGAGCCCAUAGAGGAGUUAGCUCCAGUGAAUAGCACGUGAAUUGAAGUGUAUUCAGAAUAAUCCCAACCCUGAUCCUCAAAUGCUAUUCCAGUCCAGGCUUUUCCUCCAACACAGCAUUAAACCCAGUGCCCACUGUCUGUCUGAAAAAGUAGCCAUACAGUACUCCUAAGUGUUUAUCCAUAACUUCAAAAACAGGAUAAAUUAUAAUCAGUCAAGCAGACAAAACGAUGAAGGCACUAGCCAAAAUGUUUUGUCUCCUCCUCUUUGACUUUAGUGUCCAGCAGGAGGCUUAGGGGCAUGUAAAACAGAACUCAAAUGACCUAGAAGGAGCGCAAUUCAGAGUUGGACUGCCUUGUUGUAAAGAAUUAGUAAACUACGGAAAGCCUCAUACUUAACCCCCCCCCCCUCUCUCUGUCUCUCUCUCUCUACCUCGCUCUCACUCUCUCUCUCCCUCUCCCUCUCUCUGGCAAGAUAAGCUUUGGACAACUUCGAAACCAUUAAGAGUUUCCUAGGAAACGAGAUUUUAAGUUAUUAUCCAGAUUGUUGGAUUAUUUUGUGUUUUUAUCUGUUUGUUAUUUUGCUGCUUCUUUUUUUUUUUUUGCUUGUUUCUUUUUAAAAAUCAAACAAAAGAACAGGCGAAAAUGACAGUAACAUUACUUUAUAUCAAUCCUGAGCUAAAACCUCAAAUGUUCACAUCCUAUCGCAGUGUCGACAAUAAACACAGCGCUCUAAAACUUAACUCUCAGAAAAGGAAAGAGCUUCAAUUGGAGGUCCCGAAUAAGGACUGGUUUUAAAAUGACCCGUGCUGGAGGCCACUAUUAUAUCCCAACCUGGGUGUCAGUAUCGGGGGGGGGGGGGGGGUUACAACACUAGUGGCACCGCCCUGUUUUACAACUGAACUUUAGUCCAGUAAAAGCAAAACAUAAAAAUUGAUCUUUUUCAGUGCGAAUUUAAUCCAGAUGGCCUCAGAACAUCCGAUAUCAUUGCGAUUCGGUUUCCUCCAUUUUUCAUUCUGAGAGCUCCAUCAGCGCUAAUUCCAAGUCUUUACUCUCUCAGGAACAGGAAUGUUCUUUGCUUACAGUUAAUGGGUGUCUAAACCGACAUGCAGAGCAUAACGCUAUUUUUUUUUGGUUUUGUUUUAAUCUGCUGUUGUUUAUAAACCCUGCGUGCAACGUUGACUUGAGUCUUUCACUAGAUUACAUCAUCCUGGUGCAGGCUCUGUGUGUGAGUGCGUGUAACAAGCACCACAGGGAAUGCCCAGCCAGGAGUCCUGGUCUUUGCAGUGUCAGUGGAGCUGAUCCUGUCUUUUUAACCUGGACUCACCUCUCUCCUCACAGCGGAAUGAGAUACAGAUGCUGUGAACUUGAGUAGCACAUGCCAGUUCUGGAGUUUGGAAUGAGAUUAAUGAGUCAGUUUAGAAUGAGACUGUUUGGAACUCAUAUACAGUUGCAGACUGGUGUAUUUAUGAUUACUUGUCACUGGGUGUGACGGUUUUUAAAUAAAGUUGCGUUGGAUUUCCUGGUUUUAAAACGGCUUGGACAAAGCGAACUCUGUGAUUUCAAUGCAUGCAUGGAAUUAAAUGGAAACUUUGGCGGCGCCAUAUCAGUUAUAACAAGUUUAACAAUGACAACGCUGUUAGGCUCUUCAAACAGAUUCAAUUCAUUAUCGCCAUUUUAUAAUGGUCACAACAUCACACACCUUAAGGCUGAUUCAACCCAGGGCAUUUUGAAUGAAAAAAAAUGGAAAUACAUCAAAUAAAUAAAAAAAAUUGGAAAUUAUAAUUUAACAAAACAUUUGCAUGGGAAUGUCUAGAACAUACAAGUAACAAGUUGAAAAAUCCACAAUGUUCAGUAUCGUUUUGAGAGAAUAACAAGGAAACUCUGCACACAUCAGACAAGUAACAAACAGAAUGACAAACUGCAUUUCUAUGACACAUUGUCAGAGAAAUUUACUGUAGUGAGAAAAUAUCCCAACCCCUAAAACAAGCAACUACAGGGACUAUAGACCAUUAUCACAAUCUUAUUUUAGGAAUAUUAUUAUGAUUAUUAUUAUUACUAUUAUUAUGAUUAUUGUUAAUUGUAUUAUUAUCAUGAUUAUUAUUAUUAUUGUUGUUAUGAUUAUUAUCAUCAUCACCAUUAUUAUUAUUAUUAUUAUUAUUAUUAUUAUUAUUAUUAUUAAUAUUAUGGAAAAGAAAAGUGUUUAACUCGUGAAAAAGAAAACCGAAACGUAAGCAGUAUCUUUCCACUUUGGAAUAAGCUCGGUAACAACAACUCAUAUUGCGUGUUUCUAAUUUGAUAAUCAUAUUGGUUUUUUUUUCUAAUGUGUUCCUUAUAUAAGUACUAUGCAAGUACAAAUGAUUAAGCGUCUUAGAACUGCUUUACUGUACAGAGGGGAUGUACACAAUAUUCUUCUUAUUAUUUUGUGGUCAAUUCUUUUGUGGAAGUGGCUGUACGUUUCAUUGAGUGGCGCCAUACAACUGAGAAGCAAUGUAAAUAAAACACUGAAGUAUGUAUUUGUUGAAUUUCCCAUAUUGCGAAACUGCUGAAGUAUUUUUUUCUGUUAAAAUAAAGGAAAUGUCCUCAGUUUGACUAAGUGCAGAUAUACAGUUUGCUCCACUGUAUCAAUGUAUAAGCCUAGUUCAGAGCACAAUUAUACAAACUACAUAAAAGUAUUGAGUGAUUGCCUCCCUAUUGCUGUUAUCCCACUCUGACACCAAUGUAAUGGUUUUUAACUGCUGUUGUCUUGCAAAGGGAUCUUGGAAUUUGAACUUCCAAUCCUCUGGUGCCACAGCAAGGACUGAAGUACUGUUUGUGCAGUCAAAGUUAUCGUCCAGCCGCUAUUCUGAAACAGGCAUAGCACAAAGACAAGAGCAAUUUCAAAAGGAAUAGAAGAGUUGUGAAGGUAUGAAGCUAGCAGGAGCUUGCUGUAGCUUAUUUUAUAUCUUUACAACGAUUUUAAUGCUCUCAAGAUUGGCAUUGCCUUUGCAUUUUUUUUCUUUGGUUUCAGUCUGCCUCCCCUCUUGGCUCCAGUACCCCUUACGUAAACCUCCUUUUUUGAGAUUUGUAAGCAAUAGAAUAUGCCAUAAACAGUCAGCGCCUCUUUUUAAAAUGAAUGAUAUAAAGAGAAAAAAAUGUUUGCUUUAUUCUGUACAUUACCAAUUGUAAAUAAAUGUUUAGCCUUCUUAUUGUAACAAAAAUAAUUUUUAUGCAAUAAAUUAUAUUUCCUAGUUUAACAAGAA